AUGUCUAGGACAAAACAGUCUGGAACCCUCGUCCGUGAUUUUGAAACUCUGGCCCGAAGCGACGGUGCCAUUGUGGGCGGAAAGAACUCAUCUCUGGGAGAGAUGAUCACCGCUCUGAGCGGACAAGGAAUUCCUGUGCCAAGGGGCUUUGCAACAACCUCCAACGCGUACUGGAAGUAUGUCGACGCCAACGACAUCCGCGGCAAAAUGACGGCACUUGUUGCUGACUGGCAGCUUGGCAAGUCGGGCCUCGCCGAAACCGGUCAAGCAGUGCGAAAGCUGUUCCUCUAUGGCACUUGGCCCGCCGACGUCCUGACUGCCAUACGGGAUAGCUAUUACGAGCUCUCGGUUAAAGCAGGGUGCCGGGACCCAAGUGUCGCAGUUCGCUCCAGCGCAACGGCAGAAGAUCUGCCGGACGCGAGCUUCGCGGGCCAGCAAGACUCGUACCUGAAUAUUUCAGGCUUCGACGAUCUUCUCAAUGCCUGUAGGCGAUGCUACGCCUCGCUCUUUACAGAUCGGGCGCUGAGUUAUCGUCAAGCCAAGGGCUUCGACCACACAAGUAUUGCGCUAUCCAUUGGGAUACAGCUCAUGGUUCGGUCAGAUAUUGGAGGGUCGGGCGUCAUGUUCUCCAUUGACACGGAGAGUGGUUUCGAUAAAGUUGUGCUCAUCAAUGCAGCUUGGGGACUCGGUGAGAAUGUCGUCCAGGGAACCGUGAACCCUGACGAAUACCAGGUCUUCAAGCCGCUCUUGUCCAACCCCAAAUUGGUCCCUAUACUAGAAAAGAAGCCUGGCGAUAAAGACAUCAAGAUGGUGUACGGCGAUCGGCAUGCCACCACUCGCAAUGUGCCAACCUCCAAGGCAGAGCGAGCAACAUUUGUGUUGAAUGACGAGGAGAUUAUUCAGUUAGCCCGUUGGGCGGCUACCAUCGAAACCCACUACGGCUGCCCAAUGGAUAUGGAAUGGGCCAAGGAUGGCUUAACUGGUCGGCUGUUCAUCGUUCAGGCUCGACCGGAAACAGUGCACUCGCGCCGCAGUGCCACGCAGUUCAAGACGUACAGGGUCAACCAUAAGGGAAGAGUUCUGGCCACCGGCCUCUCCAUCGGAGACUCGGCCAUCACCGGUCGGCUCUGUCUCAUAUCUAGUCCAAAGGACAUGGACAAGUUCGUCGACAACUCCAUCCUGGUAACAACUGCAACAGACCCGGACUGGGUGCCGCUCAUGAAACGUGCCGCAGCCAUCAUCUCGGAUCAUGGAGGGCGCACCUCACAUGCCGCCAUCGUGAGCCGGGAGUUGGGCAUCCCCGCCAUCGUGGGUACGGGCACUGGCACAUACCACCUUCAUAGCGGCCAGGAUGUCACAGUCUCUUGCGCUGAGGGCGACAAAGGUUUCGUCUAUGAAGGCAUUUCGGACAUAUCCACCGAGGUAGUCGAUCUCAAGCAUCUCCCCCAAGUCCACACCAAGGUCAUGCUCAACCUGGCCAACCCCGAGGCUGCCUACCGAUGGUGGAGACUCCCUGCCGACGGGAUCGGCCUUGCUCGUAUGGAGUUUGUUGUAACCAACGCGAUCCAGGUCCAUCCCAUGGCGCUUGUUCACCCAGAGCGAAUCAAGGAUGAGGCUGUCAGGCUGGAGAUUGCAGCCAUUGCAUCUGCGUACAACCACAAGCCAGACUACUUUGUCGACAAGCUGGCACACGGCCUUGCGGCCCUUUGUGCCACGUUCUAUCCCAAGCCGACCGUGAUUCGCAUGAGCGACUUCAAGACAAACGAAUAUGCCGGUCUCAUUGGUGGCUCCGACUUUGAGCCCAAAGAAGAGAAUCCCAUGUUGGGCUUCCGCGGUGCCUCGCGUUACUACUCCCCCAAUUAUGAGGAGGGAUUUGCCCUCGAGUGCCGCGCCGUGAAGCGAUUGCGCGAAGAAAUAGGCUUGACAAAUGCAAUCGUAAUGAUUCCCUUUUGCCGCAGAGUUAGCGAGGCCAAGAAGGUCUUGGAAGUCAUGGCUAAGAACGGGCUCAAACGCGGCGAGAACGGGCUUCAAGUCUACGUCAUGUGCGAGAUCCCGUCCAACGUCAUACUUGCGGCUGAAUUCACCGAGUACUUUGAUGGCUUCUCGAUUGGCUCCAACGACCUCACACAGCUGACUCUCGGGGUUGAUCGUGAUUCUGGCGAGCUGGCUGACCUGUUUGACGAGCAGGAUGAGGCUGUGAAGCGGAUGAUCUCACAAGUAAUUUCAACAGCCCGCGAGAAGAAUUCUAAGAUUGGUAUUUGUGGUCAGGCACCUAGUGACCAUCCGGAAUUCGCCCAGUUUCUUGUAAACGCCGGGAUUGAUUCAAUCUCUGUUAGUCCUGACAGCUUUGUACAGGUGAAGAACAAUGUAGUAGCUGCCGAGAAGAGCAGGGUGUGUGAAUGA